AUGACCCUGGGCAGCUGCUGCUGCGAGAUCAUGUCCUCCGAGAGCUCCCCGGCCGCGCUGUCCGAGCCCGACGCAGACAUCGACGUGGUGGGCGGCGGCGGCGGCGGCGGGGGGGAGCUCGCAGCCCGCUCCGGGCCCCGCGCCCCCCGGGACUUGCACCCGCACGGCCGCGAGCCUCCCCGGGAGGAAGCCGAGGCCGACGUGGCCGAGGACGAGGAGGAGGAGUCGGGAGGCUGCUCGGACUGCGAGCCCCGCGCCCAGCCUCAGCCUCCGGCCCCGUCGCUGCCCGCCGAGGUGGGCCCGGGAGUCGAACCGGCGGGAGCCCCGGAGGCCGACGGCUGCAAGGGCGGCGGCGAGGACGCGGGGCCCGGCGGCGGCGGCGGCGCGGCGGCGGGGCUGGCGCCCAGCAAGCCCAAGAACAGCCUGGUGAAGCCGCCCUACUCGUACAUCGCGCUCAUCACCAUGGCCAUCCUGCAGAGCCCCAAGAAGCGCCUGACGCUCAGCGAGAUCUGCGAGUUCAUCAGCGGCCGCUUCCCCUACUACCGGGAGAAGUUCCCCGCCUGGCAGAACAGCAUCCGCCACAACCUCUCCCUCAACGACUGCUUCGUCAAGAUCCCCCGCGAGCCGGGCAACCCGGGCAAGGGCAACUACUGGACGCUCGACCCGGAGUCCGCCGACAUGUUCGACAACGGCAGCUUCCUGCGGCGCCGCAAGCGCUUCAAGCGCCAGCCGCUGCCGCCGCCGCACCCGCACCCGCACCCCCACCCGGAGCUGCUGCUGCGCGGCGGGGCGGGCGCGGCCGCGGACCCCGGCGCCUUCCUCUCCGGCUUCGCCGCCUACGGCGCCGCCUACGGCUACGGCUACGGGCUGGCGCUCCCGGCCUACGGCGCCCCCCCUCCGGGCCCGGCCCCGCACCCGCACCCGCACCCGCACGCCUUCGCCUUCGCCUCGGCCGCGCCCCCGCCCGGACCCCCGACGGCCUCGGUGUUCGCCGGCGCGGCCUCGGCUCCGGCCCCCGCGCCCGCCCCGGGUUCGGGCCCGGGCCCCGCGGGGCUGCCCGCCUUCCUAGGCGCGGAGCUGGGCUGCGCCAAGGCUUUCUACCCCGCGUCCCUGAGCCCCCCGGCGGCCGGCACGGCGGCGGCCAGCCUGUCCACCGCGCUCCUGCGCCAGGGCCUCAAGACGGACGCCGGCGGCGGCGCGGGCGGCGGGGGCGCGGGCCAGAGGCCCUCCUUCUCUAUAGACCACAUCAUGGGUCACGGCGGCGGCGGGGCCGCCCCCCCGGGCAGCGGCGACGCCUCCCCGGGAUCGCCGUUCGCGGCGGCCGCGGGUCCGGGGGGUCAGGCCCAGGUCCUGGCCAUGCUGACUGCCCCGGCCCUGACUCCGGUGGCGGGCCACAUCCGCCUCUCGCACCCGGGGGACGCGCUCCUGUCUUCGGGGCCCUCGUUUGCCAGCAAAGUCGCCGGCCUCAGUGGCUGCCACUUUUGACCGCGGCGGGCUCAGGGCCACUGAGGCCCUCACUCCUUAACCUCUCGGGGGAGCUCGGCCGGUCCCAGCGGAAUUCAGGGAGUCUAUUUAUGAAGAGUCUUCGGACCGAGGCCGGCGGCUUGCCACCAGGCACUUGGAGCUGCGCGCUCGCUCGCUGGUUCGGAAUGUCACCGACCGUUGGGACGAAGCGGGCCUCUGCGGCUCUCUCUGGUCGAGGCCCGGGUCUACGCAAUAGGCUCAAAGCAGAUCCCUUUUCUGUUUGAGCGGCAAAAAUAAAGGGAGUAGGAACCUUCGCUUCUUCUUGCCUCUGCACCUCUCACAGUCGGAGAAGAAUGCUUUGGUAGGGAGAUGCCUGUCGGUUAGCGGAGCCCGCCAGAAACACCUAUGGCUUGAAACCCCCCUCCCAGUCCCCCAUUUCUUCCUCAACUUUGAGACCAGCUCAUCCAAUAUUAUAAUUUAAAGACAUCUGUUAUCUGCUUUGUGCUUAAGAGAAAAAUUCUUUUUUUUUUUUUUUUUUUGCUGUUCUUCAAGGAAGCUGGUUUCAUCCAAGCCUAAGGCAGUGACGACACGGUCGGGAAGCUGAGAGAAGUGAAUCCAGGGUCUCCGAAAUCCUUGAAGAAACCGCAGAGCCCACCCCCUUGGAGGAAAUUUUUUCCCCCUUUGGUGUUCGGCUGUUUUUCAAAGAGCUCCCUUUUGGCCUUUCCCGUGGUCCACAGGCCCAGCCAUCCAGGGCUAGCGGCCUUCUUGGCCUUCUCCUCUGCCCCAGGCCCUGUGAUAUUUAUUGUAGUUAAAGGCAAUGAGUUUGGGUGGGAGAAGAGGGUCUGGGUCAGGCUCUGGAGAGGUGGGAACUGGGUGGGCAAGGGCACGGAGCUGUAGCAGGGGGUUCUAUGUUAUGUGUAAAUAUCUGUGCAGCGGGCUGCCCCCUGCAUUCUGUCCACUGGUGUGCAUUGAUUUAGACGCCUCCACUUAGUGGAGACUCUGUGAAAUCGUCUGAUGGUCUGUGUGGAAGAAAAGAAAACUGUCUCCCUCUCCCUUUUCAUCGGUGUCAAUUGAAUAAAUGUAUGUGAA